AUGGCAAGCCAAGGCAGCGGUUCGGGGCAUCACCCGACUUGGAACUUCCGGUCCCAAUCUGGCUCAUCGCGUGAUAGAAACUGGACUUACAAUUGGGCUACAGGUUCCGGUCCUGGUGGUAGCACUUUUAGCUUCGGGUCAGGUGCUGGUUGGAGGCCUGAUGGUGCAGGAGGAUUUGGUUUCGGAUGGGGCGGAUCUAGCUCGAUCGGCAAUGGAGGUUUUGGAUUUUAUGGAGGCAGCAGCGGAUUUGGAUUUGGAUUUAGUGGAGGCAGUGGUAGUGGUGGUUUCAAUUUUCAAAAUGAUUUUGGUGGCGGCCAAGCUCAAGGAUCAUCUGGCCAAACCAGGACAGACGGGGCUCGCAGUCGACUGGGUGGGAACAAUUGA